AUGGCCCACACAUACUGUGAGCACAUGGGCAUCGCUCGCCUGGCCUGUGCCAACAUCACUGUCAAUAUUGUCUAUGGGCUGACUGUGGCCCUGCUGGCUGUGGGUCUGGAUUCCAUCCUCAUUGCCAUUUCCUACGGCUUUAUCCUCCAUGCUGUCUUCCGCCUUCCAUCUCAAGAUGCCAGGCACAAGGCUCUGAGUACCUGUGGUUCCCACCUGGGGGUCAUCCUGGUCUUCUACAUUCCUGCCUUCUUCUCCUUCCUCACCCACCGUUUUGGCCAGCACCGAGUCCCCAAGAAUGUGCACAUUUUUCUGGCCAACCUGUACGUGCUGGUGCCUCCUGUGCUCAACCCCAUCAUCUAUGGGGCUAGGACCAAGGAGAUUCGGAGCCGACUUCUGAGACUGCUUCACUUGAGGAGGGUCUCAGUAUGACUU